AAGGUGAAAGUGAAAGCUGAAAUUACAAGAAAAGGAAGCGUCCAAAUUAGCCGUGCACAGUCGCCUCGCUAUCCUGCAAGAGCCUCGACCCCAGCCCCUCCUUGCCUCUUCCUGAUCUCCCCAACCUUGCCAGCCCCGUCUUUGUCACCCCUGUCGAGCCUGGAGCAGCCUCCUCCCCAGCUGUCCGCCUCACAUCCACCCAGCUCGGACCAUGCUGCAGUCAGCCUGGGAGCCCCAGGGGGGCUUCUCCUUCGAAAACUGCCAGAGAAAUGCAUUUCUGGAGUCUUCCCUAAAGGGUCUCCGCGUCCCCCAUGCCCGUAAAACUGGUACCACCAUCGCUGGCCUUGUGUUUCAGGAUGGAAUCAUCCUUGGGUCAGACACACGGGCCACCAACGAUUCAGUUGUGGCUGACAAGAACUGUGAAAAAAUCCACUUCAUCGCCCCCAACAUCUACUGCUGUGGAGCAGGGGUGGCAGCAGAUGCAGAAAUGACCACACAACUAAUGGCAUCCAACAUGGAACUACAUGCCUUGUCCACCGGCCGGAAGCCAAGGGUAGCCACUGUCUGUCGAAUGCUCCGCCAGAAGCUCUUCCGCUACCAGGGCCAUAUUGGGGCCUCCCUGAUUAUAGGGGGAGUGGAUGUCACAGGCCCCCAUCUCUACAGUGUGCAUCCCCACGGCUCCUAUAGCCAUCUCCUUUUCACUGCCAUGGGCUCUGGACAGGGACCGGCCAUUUCUGUGCUAGAGGCUCGCUUCAAACCAAAUAUGACGCUGGAAGAAGGCCAGCGGCUGGUGGUGGAGGCAGUGACUGCUGGGAUCCUGGAGGACCUGGGCUCAGGAAGCAAUGUGGAUGUGUGUGUGAUCACCCAGGCUGGGACCAAGAUCCAGAGAGCAGUGAGCACCCCAGCUGUUCUCUCUAAGAGGCAGGGCAAGUAUGGCUACCCAGAGGGUACUACAGCAGUGAUGAAGGAGACCGUGACCCCCCUGUUACUGGAGAUGAUCGAGGAGACUGUGCAGACAAUGGAGGUGGAGUGAGUGAGCCUAGUGGUCACAGGGUCCCACCCUAAGACAUGGAAAACUUAUGGGACAAUAAAAGUCUUUGAAAUGA